AUGAUCUACGCCACACAACGGUUCGGCCGCCACAAGCCUCUUGUCACCAUGGUGAGAAUAAAUGGACUCUGCACGCUUCUUGCCGGUGCAACUCUUUGCCAAGCAGUGCUCUUCAAGCCUCAAAAUGAUUUCAAAGAGACCUCUGGCCGAAAUGCCUCCUUUCCUGUCGAUUUACCAUUCAACAACCGAGCAUUUGGCCUAACCCCAAGUGAUGCUGAUUUUGAUGGUGACUCAAACUCAUAUCCGGCAGCAGAGAUGCCGCCGGAGAAGUUCUCAUACGGAGGAUUUAACUAUCGCUUCGCCAAGUACAAUGCCACUGCGGGUUAUGACAAUGUUCUCACUCAGGGACAGGAAAUAACGGUCCCACAGUCUCGAUACUUCAGCUAUCAAAUGCUUGCUGCAUCGGAAUCUGGUAUGGCCUCUGGCUCUGUGCUCGCCAAGUAUGCAGAUGGUAGCACGACCAGUGGAUCGCUGCUAGUCCCAGCUUGGUGGAGCUGGCCUUAUCCCGAAGGAGGAGACUUGAUCUUCACUUGCUAUCUGACUGAAAAUAAUACUAACUGGAAUCGUUCCAAUAUAUUCCAAACCACCACCUGGUUGGACUCAUCCAAGGAGCUCGUCUCGCUGACCUUUCCCAAUAGCUCGACUGGGUCAUCCACGAGUCCUGGAGGAGCGACCAUCAGCACCAAGCUUCAUAUUUUUGCCUUAUCAAUGCUACCAGUGUCCAGCGGCAACGCUGAAUCUAUUCAAUUAGAAACUCAAUAUGCCCGAUCAACCAAGAAGUGGAUGGAAGGCACUGAUAAGGUUCAGAUCGUGGAGGUUCUUGUCAACAAUGUCGGGUCUUCCAUUGCGUUGCGUAACAACAGCAUUUAUGUGCGCGUCGAGUCACCCGGCCUAGAAACUGUAGCGCCAGGUGUGAUCAAACGACUGGGUCCUGGUGAUCAAGCCACGGUGGAAAUCGGGGUGCGGAACUGCGAAGGGGUGAGAAUUGGAAAUUCAGGCCCUGCAACCAUUGUAAUCGAGGGCCAGAAUGUGAUGUCUACCAAAUAUACAUUUGAGGCAACAUACGGAGUUGGUCUUUACGAGGCUACCUAUGAGUCUGUGUACAGUCAUGAAUCUCCAAAUUGGUACAACAAUGCUAAGUAUGGAAUUUUCAUACACUGGGGAAUUUAUUCGGUCCCAGGCUGGGGAAACUCGGGAUCCAAAGAAGACUAUGCUGAAUGGUACUGGUGGUGGCUUAAUGAAGGCCCGAGUGGCUCAGUCGGUGUAUAUGACUAUCAGCUAGAGAAAUACGGGCCCCAUGUUGUGUACGAUGAUUUUAUCCAAAACUUCACGGUCAGCGCAUGGGAUCCCAAGGAGUGGGUUGAUCUAUUUGCGGAUGCUGGUGCGAAUUACUUCGUUCAAGUUAGCAAGCACCAUGAGGGCUAUGCUCUAUUCGAUCUUCCAGAGAAUGUGACGAAGAGGACGUCUGUGGCAAUGACCCCCCAUCGGAACUUAUUACAGGAAUUGUUUGAUGCAGCCAAAAAGUACCAGCCUCAACUACAUCGAGCAACAUACUACAGCCUUCCUGAGUGGUUCAAUCCAGACUACAAGAAGUACGGGUUCGGUGAUUGGCCUGGAGGCAAUGCUACCAAUCCCUUCGCGAACGAGACAUUACCGUACACGGGCUGGGUCCCUGUGAAUGAUUACAUUACCGACAAGGUUCUGCCUGAAAUGAACACUCUUGCCGAGAUGGGAACCGAAAUUAUGUGGUGUGACAUUGGGGGACCGAAUAAAACAGCCGAGUGGGCCUCAGAAUGGUUCAACAAAGCCGCAAAAGAGAACCGCCAAGUUGUCAUGAAUGCCCGAUGUGGCCUCCCGGGGGACUUUGACACGCCAGAAUACGCAACAUACUCCGCUGUGCAAAGACGAAAAUGGGAGAGUAACCUUGGAAUGGAUCCAUACAGCUACGGAUAUAACCGUGCCACCCCAUUGGCAAGCUACAUGAAUGCUAGCACUAUUGUGACUAGUCUUGUUGACAUUGUCAGCAAGAACGGUAAUUUCCUGCUCGAUGUUGGGCCAACAGCCAACGGAACCAUUGUCGACAUUGAACAGCAGCAUCUUCGACAAGCCGGUAAAUGGAUUAAAACCCACGAAGAGGCAAUUUUCAACACUACCUAUUGGUUCAUUACACCCGAAGAGGGUGACGUGCGAUUCACUGUUUCGCAAGAUGCGUUUUAUAUUCAUACAAUAACAAAGCCCAACAGCACACUCAUCAUAUCCAGCCCGAUUCCCUGGGCGGAAGGGGAUCAAGUUACAGUAGUAGGGGGGAAGUUGCAUGGUGCAGUAAUCCCAAGUCAAAAGUUACGCAAUGGUUCUGUGGUUCUUUCGGUGAGCAAGGAAGUCGCGGCAGCUGAUCAAUAUGCUUGGGUUUUCAAGAUCCCUUAUUAA